GCCUUUGUCGCCGAGGAUAAACAGCAGGGCCGCGUGCCUCGUCGACGACGAGGUGGUAGCAACAGCUUCUUUAUUGGCCGCGAUGCAACGACGCAAGCAGGAUUCAGGCACCAUUGCUGCACUUUUCUUAGCCUUGCUGAGCCUUGUAUGCUGUCUCUGGCCCGCGCACAUUGCCCUAGUCCCCCGCCAGACCAGCAUACACCCGGCUCAAAUUCGCGUACCAAGCCAUCUCAGGGCGCACUCGGCUCAGAUUCGUCUUCAGAGCGCCAUCUAUUCGUACAAAUGCCUGAUUCCAGUGCCACGAAGGGUGUCGCAAGGCCAAGGCAGCAGCCCACGGCGCGGACAACAACACGGCUGGCGAAGCGUCCGAGCCCCAGCCUCAAGCAAGCGGCAGUGGAAACGCCGGGGUUCCUAUGGAAGACGACGAUCUCGAGGACUCCGAUGAUGAGGAUGAGGAUGAUGGGCAGAAGCAAGUCGGCACCGAGUUCAGCGUCAUCCGUGCCCUCGCGAGCUCCAACGCCGCCGAAGCUCUCGAAGACCUUCUCGACAUCGACGCUGCCGCCUUCCCUCGAGGUGACGCCCUCAGCCGCGCCCUCCUCCCCGCCAAGAGCAGCAUCAUCAGCGACGGCCAAGACACGGACGGAGCCGAUGAGGCCGUCGAGGAUCCCGGCACCUCCUCGCUGCCUGCUACUAAGUUCAUAGACGGCAAGCAAUGGGAGCUCAAGCGCUACGGCUCAGGGCGCUACUACGAGUCGCCAGACGGCAGCAGCAGGGAGUACGUUGCCUUUGCCCGUCCUCAGCCUUCGCCCCUCAAAGACGCGGAGACGGUCCUCGCCGGUGCCAAGCGGUUCGUUCUCGCCGCCGCCAAUGGCCGCAUCGACCUGGGUACGACGACCUCUGGCGUAGCUUGGCAACAGGGAGCCGCCCGUGACAGGGUCAAGAGGUGGCUCGAUGGAGGCUACUUCAAGCUUACGCCCUUCUUCGAGCAGCUGCUCAAUGACGUUGGCUCCGGCAAGUCAGACGUCUGGGAGGCAAGCUACUUCGAGGCCAAGGCCGGCCAGUCGCUCUCUCCACCCUUCGCCGCCACCCAGCCUCCUUCGGCAGCCGGCAGCGCCAGCAAAGACGGCGUGUAUGGACGCAUCGUCUUCAGGAGCAACCGCUAGGCGACCCUCUACUGCGGGCAGGCGCAAGACCCCGUGGCGCGGCACUACUCACACGAGGCUACCCUCCUGAGGACGGAGUUGAGCGGGGGCCGUGGGCGGGCCUCCUACCACUACCAG